AGCUUCGGCGGCGGCAGUAGCUCUGCACACAUCUCUGCGCCUUCUCUCGGGUCCUGUGCGUGCGGCGCCUCCGGGGAGCCUCGGAGCUCCCUGCAGACCGCCUGAGGAGACCCCGCAGCGGAUUGCCGACGGCACCGGCGGAGACCCGAGGGUCCGGUUCGCGCUCCGGGGCUCUCAGGUGAGGUCCAGGUGGGCUCGGCAGGUGUGUCUCCGCGGGAUGCUCCCGCCCUGAGCUCUGUUGGGAGAUGCUGCCGUCCGGGACCUGCAGACGGGAUAGAUUGGCGGUCCGGGAGCGGCUGGAGGCCUCCGUGUCCGGGCUCGGGGAGCUGGAGCUCCUGCGGCGGCGGCAGGAGGUGCUGGUCCGGGCCGCGCUGGGGCUCCGGGAGCCGCGGGAGGAGGAGGAGCGGCGGCGGCGAGAGGCUCAGCUGAGCUCGGAGGAGAAGCUGCUGGAGGGGAACAUCCUGCUGCUCCGGAAACAGCUGAACUGUCUGAGGAGGCGGGACGCCGGCCUCAUCGCUCAGCUGCAGGAGCUCGACCGACAAAUCAGUGACCUACAAUUGGACACCGAGACGUCACAUGACCAGCCGGAGCCCGACAGCCGACCGAGCUCAGGUUUCUACGACCUCAGCGACGCCGCGUCCGGCUCGCUCUCCAACUCGUCUAACUCGAUCUUCAGCGAAUGUUUCUGCUCGACGGCCGACGCCGACGGACGCCUGCCGUCCACAGAUGAGCUGGCCAGCUGUUUGGAGUGUGACGUCCUGGUUGGAGGGCUUUGUGAUGAGUCAUCAUCCUCUGGUACGGUCCGGUGCUCGCUCUCGGCUCCGAACCCGCCCACUGUGGAUGCAGCCUCGUCCUUUCUUUCCACUGAGCCUCAGUCUAAAUACCAUUGUGACCUGGUGGCCCAAAACGGCAACGAUGUUUAUCGCUACCCGAGUCCUCUGCACGCCGUGGUGGUCCAGAGCCCCGCCUUUCUGCAGAUGUUGGGUUUCGGAGGUCCCGGCAGAGAUGAGGCAGACACCUCAGCUCUUCCUGCCUCUGUUUCAGCCCCUCAUGUAUCUCAGAGCUCCUCCUGGCCGGCCUCCUCCUCCCAGACUCCUUCCCAUAAGCGACUGGACAGCUACAUCUACAGUCUGCUCCAGAGGAGGGCCCAGCCAAUCAGGACCAGCAAACCCAGGACGAGCAUCAGCACCGACGCCUUAAAGAGCAUCCUCAGGCAGGCUAGUCUGUGUGUGAGGCAGGUGUCCGGCCCUGGCUCUGGUUUUGGGACUCUGAGUGGAUCCGAAUUUAAAGCCUCGUGGACGGCUAGAAGAACAUCAGCAGAGGGAGCUGGGACCUCGUCUUCACAGAGGCAGUGGUCUGUGGACGGGAAACUGGAGGAGCAGGAGACCCAGAGUGUACUGAAGGAUGGCGGCUUUGAGGCGAUGCACAAUGGCUUCAGGAGGGGCAGCGGCGAGUCCGGCUCUCCUCUUCGGUACGACGUACAGAGCAGCUGCUCUGCCAACAACAACGACAGCAGCACCAACAGUCUGAGAAAGAAGAGCAAAGCAGAUCUUCCUCACGCUGAGCUGUCUGCCAAAACUCUGCCUAAAAACUUCAGGGACCUGGGCAGUCCCAAAGCUAACCCCGCCCCCAAAGAGAUCAAACCGCCAUGUUGCCCCCCGGACCAGGAGAUGUUCCUGAAAUCUGCUCCAGUCAUGAAAACACAGUCGAGUACUCCCAGGAACAGUCCAGGAACAGGAAGGUCAGCGCUGGAGCUCGCCAGUGCGGGGUCCUCCUCCCAGAGUCAGGACGAAGCAGCCGGCGAAGGAGGAAGCUGUCACACAGUUACGAACAGGUACGUCCCCGCCCACCAGCACAAACUCCGCAAGGGCGGCUUCAAGAUAGUGAAGGUGAAGAGCUCAUCGAUGAAGACAAGUCGUGUCUCUGAGCACAGCGAGCCUCCGCCAGAGAGAAGACGGGACAAACUCCACCACAGGUCCUGCCUCCUAGAAGAUGGAGGCUCCGCCCACAUUAAAGUCUCCAAGAGAUUUGCUUCCUCAAGAAUAAAGCGCCUACCUGCAUCCAUCCCAGAAGGCCGAGUGCUGGACAGACAGCCCCCAUCGGCACUUAACGGCGCACGACCGAGCAUAUCCAAGCACCACCACCAUGGAAACCAUCACUGCUGCAGUGGUAACCACCACCACCAUCAUCACCACCAUCACCACGGACGUGACCAGGUCGUGGUUGUGGCCAAACCAAAGUACAAAAGGAACGAUUACCGGCGGUUACGAGCCAUGAUGGAGGUCUCGUACGACGAGGCGUUUAGACGUGCUCAGCGGCGUCAGAGAAAGGAGCUGCUGAACAGCAGCGUGUACCCGCCCGCCGGAGCGCGGCUGACCAGCCCGUACUCUUACACAGCAGGAAGUGACUCGGAGUACUCGGCUGAGUGCGCCUCACUCUUUCACUCCACCAUCGUGGAUACCAGCGAAGACGAGAGGUCGAACUACACCGCAAACUGCUUUGGAGACAGCGAGUCCAGCGAGGAGGAGUACGUGGAGGAGAGUACCAACACCAGCGAUACUGAGGAGAGUGGCGGGGGAGGCAUGGGCAGGGGGCGGGGCCAGCUGGGGGGAGCUGGGGUCAGGGCAACGGGGCAGGAAAUGACAUCAGCUCAGGCAAAGGCUUUUGUUAAGAUUAAGGCGUCUCACAACCUGAAGAAGAAGAUCCUGCGAUUCAGGUCGGGCUCGCUGAAGCUCAUGACCACCGUGUAACCUCCAAGACUGGACCAUAGCCACACCUGCCUUACCCACGUGCCUCAGGUGGACCUGACCCAAACCCAGUUUACCCAGCCCUAACCCGACUCAUUCAAACACUAACCCGGUGGACAGACGCAGGGUGGCAGCACAGUUUGGUUCACCUGGUUUAUCUGUUGAUCCCCAACAGAUAAACCGUUCUGAUUGGAUCUUUUGUAAUUAAACAAAGUACAUUUUAGGCAAACACAGUCGAGCUCACCUCGGUGACCCAGUAAAUGUGUUUCUUCCCCUGCUUGUGGUCUUCACUGUCAUUUUUAAAUGCUACAAACCAGGCCACCUGAUUGGAAACCACAUCAGCCCAGCUGCUUACUGGUCCCACUCUUCAGAAAUCUAAGGAAGCAACCUGAAGGUCAGCACUGGGUGAUUCACCUGGACUCUGGGUACAAUAGUUUAAGACAUCAAAGAAAUCAACAUCUGUUGAAGUAGGAAAUGUAUAAACAAGCAUAAUUUUUUUAAACUUAAAAAAGCAUCUUUGAAUUUCAUCCUUUCACUGGUUCUUACAAUCAAAAAAUCUAAAAACGUUUUGAUUGUAAAAGUUUUCUAUUUCCAACUUCCCUCAAACGCAGCAUUGUUUCUGUAAUGACGUGAAGGUAUGGUUUGGGUCCAGCCAAUCACUUCCCUGUCCUUUCUCUGGUCAAACACGUGACUUGGCUGAACCCGGAACCGCGCUGCUUCAAACGCGUUGAAGGCCGCCCUCGCCACCACCGUCUGGCUUCCCAGAUUUGUUGCUCAGUCUGUGCUGAGCAGUGGAGCUGAGUCGUGAUAGAUUCACCGACAACAGCGUCACUCACUGAUUAAACCAGAAAUAAUUUAGAGCAAAUGUGUGGAAACAUCCGGUGGCGGCGGUUCGGUCGGUCUGACGACAUAUUUGUCAGAAGCAACCUGGACUCGAGCCUCAUGUCCUCUGACCUGUUCUAGAAGUGGAACUUUAGUCUGGUUCCUCAGAGUUUCUCCAACGUUCCACCAAAAGUCCAAGAACUUGUAUUUGAAGGGACUGAUUGUCCAGGAUCUGUCCGAGGCAGUCAGAGUUCCUCCGGUUUGUUAUGUGUCCACAUGAAAAAGCAGCAGAUGUUUCGUCUAAUCUGUGUCGGUACAAAAUAAUGAGGAACAUUUUGGGGUUCUCCGACUUUGAGGCCUGGACUGUCAGCAGAUUCCUCCUGUAGCUUCACUCUGGGCCUUUUUGCCUUUUUAAAAAAAAUUGAUUGUAACGCAGGAAAUGAGUCUAGAACUUUCUGCCGUCAGACUUCUGGACUUUUUGGCUCUUUGAGCUUCAUUUGGACCCGGGUUCCUGCGGUGGUUCUUCAUCACUGAGGCUCUGUUGGACUCCUUUAAAACCCGGUGUGAGGUUUGAGGACGUUCUCGCCACAGUAACCUUUUUUAUUUCCUGCACUUUGAGAUGAGUCGUCAGUGGACGGGGCGGCGGCGUAACGCUUGUGUUCUGUUGUUUGUAUGUAGCCUUGGUUUGUAUUUAUUAUCACAUGACCUUUGCUGUUGCGCAGCACGCCAAAUGCCUGUAAAUGCUUCUCUCUUUUUUAGGUCCUGAGAUGUUUUUUGAUGAAAUCUAUUUAAAGCCUAAUAUAUUUGCUUGGUGCAUUUAGAAAAGCCCACACGGUACUAACUGACAGGUCCCGAUCUGGAUCUUUAUGACUUUAUACUCGAGUCUAACGCGACUUUUUUAACACAAAUGUUUCUACUGCAUCUGUUUUUCAUACUCACAGUUAGACAGCAGCGUAUCGGGUACGGUGGAGGGACGUGUUUACCGAGCUCAGCUGGAAGCAGGAAGUGUUUAAGGAUGUAGACACAGAAAUGGAAACUCUGUGGUUUUCUACUGUUUUUAGCCUGUAAUCAGAGUCGACACGAGUAUCAGUGUGUGAGGUCCGUGAAUGUCAGUUUUCAGCUCUGCUUGUAGACGUGUUUGUGCUAAACGUGUCCUGCAGGGAUGUUUCACGCACUCGCCUCCGUCGUCUCAUCUGAUUCUGCGAUGACGGAACGAAGAGGAUUCAAAUAAGAUAUUCGAGACGUUUGAUGAUGAGCAGUCUUCAGUUUCCAGUUCUUUCUUCUCAUUGGCCGGGGCUACAGUUUACAUGUUCAGGGUAUAAAUAGCUCCUCAGCUUUUAAAAGCCAUAUAAAGCUCAUUAAAGCUGCCAUCCACUGUUCUGCCUUUGUGUUGAGCUAUUUGUUUUUUUCCUGCUGUUCAUCCGACUGCACCACCUCCACUCUGUAAAUGUUCACAUAUGCAGCUGGAGACGACUGUUACUGAUGUGUGUAUAAGCCUGUGUAUGUCAACAAUGGUGCUUUACCUUUCUAUGCUUCAUUAAAUGUGGACUUUCAGCGCCCGUG